AUGGAAGAUUUAGAAACAUAUGAAGAUAUUGAAGAACAUCGUUUAUUUGCGUAUUCGGACUCUGAAGAUGAAUUCAGUGAGCUGGAAUUAGAUAAUCUUGAAGAUGAUUUGUUAUUUCGUUGUAGACAAGAAGAUGCUUCUGUUGAAAAUGAAAGAGCUCCAGCCGUAUUAAAUGCCAACUUAAGGAGAAAUGUUCAAAUGUUGCCUACCCCAGAUACUUCAAGAAUAGAAGAAGUUAAGGAAUGUCUUGAAGAUAGUGAUUCUUAUUAUUCUGAUACAAAUGAUACAGAUUUACCAUUACCUGAUGCAACUUCAACCCAAUCUGAGACCAUUGAACCAAUACCAGUGCCAGCUAAAGUUCCUGGACCAUUUGCUAUUUUAUUGGCAAAAAGAAGGGAANAAGAAGUUGUAUAUGAUGCUCCUGGAUUUGAAUUAGAUGAAUUGAGUAGUGAUGCUUUAACUGCUCCUGAAGUGAAUUCUGAUCAAUUAACUGCUGGUGAACAGUUGAAUGAUGAUCAUGAUUCUGAAGUAGAUGAAUUGAAUCCCGAUCCAUUGUCUCCUGCUGGUGGUGGUGAUAAAUUGAAUAAUGAUGCUUUUUCUUCUGGUGUUGAUGAUUCUGAAUUAGAUGAAUUGAAUAUUGAUCCAUUGACUCCUGAUCUGCUCUCUCCUUCUGGUGGUGGAACUGUUGAAUUUGAAAUAGAUGAAUUGAAUCUUGAUCCAUUGUCUCCUACUGGUGGUGGUUUUGAAUCUGAUGAAGGUGAGCUGAAUGCUGAUGCAUUAUCUCCUGGUAUUAUUGGUAAUGAAAUUCUGGAAUCUAUUACCCCUGCCCAACAACCUAUUUCUACCAUUCCAAUAUCUGAUGAACAAAAUGAAAACCGCAAAUUCCCUAGAAUCACCGAAUUAGGUGAAGAUAAACAUGUGUACAUGAUUGAAACCAAGCAUAGACAAAUAAAGAAAUUCAUAUACGUUCAUGGUUUGCUUAUCAAUGAGAAAAAGGAAAUUGUCAGAACAGGCUCUUCCUUCUUUAACUCUAAUGCCACACUUAAGAAAUUGGUGGAAGGUCGUGGUGGUCGUAUACUUGAUUUGAAAGAGUUGUACAACCGCAAAACUAGAUUAUAUUAUUUCAAGCACCCUGUUUUAUUAGAUUAUGUCGAUAGUAAAUUCUUCAAAACCAAGUUUGUUACAGUAGAUGGAGUUGAAUUUAGGAAAUUGGUAACUUCCCCGAAUAGGGCCACCACAUAUGGAACUGUCGAAGGCCUUGAAGUUAGUAUGGGACACAACCAGUCAUUUGUCAUCCAUGUGAAACGGAGCACACAAGGUAAACAUAGGGAUUUGUCUUUCAAUCUUCCAGAUACUAGGACAGAACAUUCAAUGUCUUACUUAGAAGACGAAUUUAAGGAAUAUAUUUUCACCAAUGAAGAUUUAGAUUAUUUAGUGAUGGGUACAAGGCCUAGUCUAAUUGAUGAAGGAAAAAGGAUCUAUAUUCUGAUUUAUACCAGUGUCAUGAAUGAUAAAAGUUCCAGGAAUUAUUAUGCUCCUUCAUUUCAUUUUAGAAAGGAUCCAGAUAAAUUGUAUCGAAUUCACAAAGAUCAAACGUUGGGCACUUAUUCCAGAUACUUUGGCCAUUUUUAUUGUAUUCUUCAUUGUUAUCAAAGCUUUAGUUUUAUUGGUAAUACAUGUUCUGAAAGGUGUAAGGAACUCGUUAAUGAAAUUGUUCAAGCAAGCAGUGAUGAAGUUCGCAUUUUGAAAAUGAUUAAUCUUUUUUGUCAUUUUGAAUCUGGUGAUGGCACUACCUUUUUGAGAACGUUAUUAUUUGCAUUUUUCAGAAAGUUUCAAGGUGGUAGUUUCUGUAAUAACCAGACAAUCUUGCUGAAAUUGGUAAUUCUCCAGAAUGUUUACAAGUAUUGUGUAUUCUUAACUUCAGAUGAACAUGUUAUCGACAAAUUUUCAACAGGCCGAGAUUGGCUGAAGAUCAACAAGGGAUACUAUUUGCUUUAUAUGCUCCACAAGGCACUAUUGAAAGCUAAGGGUCAAGGAAACAUCAAUGUUGAAGCUAGUGAUGAAGAUGGAAAGUGCUAUGUGAAUGGUAUUCCUGUGGAUAAAUCAUACCUAACGGAAGUUUACUUCAAAUCAAUUCAAGCUUAUAAGACCCACUUCCAGCAAGUUUGUAAUAUCACCAACAGUUAUUAUUUGAUUAGUGAGAUUUAUGAAGAAUUUAUACAAACAGCAAAAACUGAUUAUAGCAGUGUCUGCUUGGGUGGUUCUUUUGAUAAUGGAAGACUUAAUGAUGAUGGGCUUGAGCAGCACCAGAAGAAGGAUUUGCUAAAGAUAAUAGAUGAAAUGACAAAGGCAUUGGCUUGUGCUAUGUAUCUGGCUGGAGCCAACUCGUAUAGAAGUACCGAGCUUCUUUGGUUAAACUUCCAUGGGGAUUCCUACGAGGAAAGAGAUUUGGUUUUCCGUGAUGGUUUGGUGUUAGUUCAACUGCAUUAUAACAAGAACCGUACACAUAUUCGACGAGUCCGUAUGACAACACGGGAAAUCUCGGAAUGCAUUAUAACUCACGUUACAGUGAUAAGAGGGUUAUUAAUUCGUCUUUUAGAACCUAAUUUUCCUACCAUUAAAGAGAAGAUUUUUGACGCACAAAAUAUCCGAGACCCAGAUGUAAUGAAGGAAGUCUUCUAUAAGAAGUUUUUGUUUGUUAAUAGUGAAGGAAGCUUAAUAAGUUUACAGCAGAUGUAUUCAUUCCAAGCAAAGGUGCUUGGGAUCAAUAUUGGUGAUGUGUUGAAGAUAAGAGUUUUGAGGCAAGCUGUUGCGUUUUUUAUUCGAUUCAAAAUGGAACAUAGACAGGAAUACAUAGUGGCUGUUGGUAAACGAUUGAGUGAAGCACAGGCUGGUCACCAUCCUGAUACUGGGUUCGGGCAUUAUGGUGUUACAUUGGAUUGUAAUGAAAGCAUGCAUUAUUUAGAUGAUAUUGAGUUGACACAAGGUUAUUUCAAUUCCUUCUUUGCUUUUAUUAAUAUUGGGUAUCUGAAUCCUCAGGGUAAAUUUGUUGAACUUAGUGGGCCAAGGAAAUGUCCAACCGAGUUUAACCUGCUUAGAUAUUUGUUCACAGAAGACAUCCAGGGAGCUGGUAAACAAAUGUACGACAAUUUCCAAUAUAGAGAUCCCAAUCAAGCACUUGCAGUUACUGAUAUAGCUUAUGGUGAAGCUGUUGAUAGAUUUAUCCAGGCUCCUACAGGGUAUGGGAAAACCCUUCUUUAUACUAUCCCGCUUAUUGCAUUCAAACUUCGCCAUCAACAGAAUCCAAAAACCCAUAAGCGUGUACUUUCGAUAAUAAUGGUCCCAUAUACGUUUUUGGUCUUUGAUUUAAUUGAUAGACUAAAGCUGCAUCUUACUGUUCAAUCCGUGAAAGAAUUUGCCCAAUUUUCUCCUCAAACAGAUGUCAUGGUUGGUGUUUACAACGAGUUUGUCAAAGAUGAAUUCAACCAAUUUAUUGCAAACUUUAACUUGAGGUUUGCUAAAACAAAUGCUUUGGGUCUUGUGGUUUUCGAUGAGAUACAUUGCCUUCUUCAGGAAUAUUCUUUUAGACAAUUUAUGAAUUAUGCAGAUGGAACGUUACAUUUGUUUUGGAAGAGGAUUUAUCUUUCAGCGACAGUUGGUAGAACUUUUAAAAAUGAUCUUACUAAUAGACUCAAGGUUCCUGAUCCAAAAACAUUAAAUUUCGUUUCCCAAGUACCCAAUGAUGGAAUUUAUCAACUUUGCUUACCAACUCAAUCCAAUAAGGUCAUAGAUGCUUUAAUUAUUUCUACGAUUCGGAAUUUUCUUCGAUACAAACCAGAAGAGAAUUCAAUUGUGUUUUUAUAUUUUGGUAGUAAGACUAAACUAGCCAGGAAACAUGAGAUGCUUAAGCGAGAAUUCAAUGAGGACUUGUUUGUUGUUCUUACCGGCGAUACUGAAAACAAGAGGCAAGAAUUCCAAAAGCUAAGGACAGGGAAGAAGAUACUCCUUGCGACAUGCGUGGCCCUGGUAGGCAUUGAUGUGAAUAUGAACCUAGUUGUCUUUUAUAAUUAUUUACCAUCGCGUAUGGAAUACAUCCAGACCACAGGCAGAACCAGAAACUUAGGAGUUUGCUUAGUAGUGAGAACACCUCGAUUGGAAGAAUCGAGAGAUGAAAUAGAUGACUUGGAAAAACCCGAUGAGCCUUUGGAUCCAAAUCGGUGCUUAACGGAACAGCUUGCUGAGCAUUAUCAUUUGGAACAUCCCGGUCACUACAAUUGCUGCAGCCUCGAUUUAAGGCAUCCUGAGAAGAAUCCAAAAUUACAAGAACUUGUAUCCAUGAUUGCUUUCCCGCCUCAAUUACGUUCUUCGUCUAUUGAACAAUCGUUAUCAAGGAAGAGACGAAGAGUUGAUCCCAUUGAAGAGAAUGACAGAUUUGAAGAGGUUGAAGAUGAUCACUCUGAUGCAGAAUUAUCCACAAUUGACCCUGAAAUAUAUUCAAUUGAUCAAGAGCAAUCUCCAUCAGAUAGUGAAAUGUCUUCAUCAGAUAGUGAACCAACACCUAUUGAUUCAUCUUUAGAAGAGUCACGCGAAGAACAACUAGAAAUGAAAAGAUUGCAAAGGGAAAGCUUAGAAGCAUUAUUUGAGGCAAUAGAUGAUGUCAUUGGAACCGAUAACAAACUAUUUGCUCCAUUUACUUAUGCUUACAUCAAGGGUGUUUUAAAGAGUAUAUUAGGUCCCGAUAAAGAAGGUUCUAUUUGUGAUCAGUGUCUUUUACCUGCAGGUCUCUGUCGUGAUAAUCAAUCUUCAUUUGAAGAGUGUCGUUAUUUAAAUAAUAUGACAAGAACUAUUUCAGUUCUUUUAAUGGUGGGUUUAAUAAGUGAGAAGGAAAUAAUUGAGUUUAGAGGAAAAGGAGAAGGGCUUGAAAUACUUAAAAUUGUUCACGAUAACAAAGAAAACCUAUUGACAAAGGUGGAGGAAUAUAAAAGGAAUUUAUAUAAUAAGAUGUUGAGAACGUAUAAAAUAAAUGGAAAAACAUAUGUUUCAAUUCUAUACAAAAGAAUCUUAGAGAAGUUGUUUUAUCAAGUUAGACUUAAUCCUGUAUUUUUUACUGAGUUCAUACGUGAUGGUAAGACUAUACCAAUGGUUCGAGGUGUUGAUUUGAAAGAUUCAUUUAAGAUUGAUAUUAAUAAAACGAAGUUCAGCGUUUUUGGUAAAUACCAAGGUUUUGCUUCUUGGUUUCCCACAAUAUUCUUCAAGUUCGCUGGUUGUAACGGGUGCGGUAAUUUCCAUGAUAAUGGUAAUAAAGCUGAUACAAUUGUUGAUGAUUGCCCGUUUGGAAUAUAUUUUAAAAUCAUUUUCUUUAUUAUAUAUCACGACGACCACUUUGGUAAAUAUUUCGAAGGUCUAUUUCGUACUCCUUGCUUUCAACAUUGGUUGGAAAUGAUUGGAACGAGAGUGGGUGAGAAGAAUGAUCAUUAUCAUAAAUUAUUAUUGAUUCGUAUUAUUCAAGAUUGCAGACAUGGACAUUGGUUGUUAAAUUGA